AGGCAACGUAUCGAGAGUGUGUGCAUUUGUGUGAGUGUAUGUGUGUAUCGUUAAGCAAUAGAGGUAGAACAGUAGAACAAUUAGAAACUAGGAGCCAUACCGUGUAUUCGCUACAUAUCAUUGCCGCCACAACCACGUUGACGUCUGCCAUAAAACAAAACAACAAACGCCAACAGUGACCAACAAACUUAAACCCUCUCUUCUCUAGUCAGUGAAGACCACGAGGCCGUCUCGCCUGCCCCGACGAACGUGUGUCGCGUGUGUCGUGUGUUCCCUGCUGUGUGGUUUUACAAAAAUAGAUACUGUUGUCCGCACACACCCGGGUUACGGGGUCCAUCCUACCGAACACUGCCACCGAGAUUAAAGACGUCCAAUAUAGCGAAGCGAAGUGUUACCAUUUUUUCGGUGGUCGAAAUCGCGCGAAAACAAGCCCGGUAUCGAUUGAUACGAAUUUGAGGACCAAAACAAAGGAACCGGCCAAAACAACGGACCACCUGACGACGGUACCGAAAAUCGCGAAGGGACAACCCCACGACCACAACGGAGCAAAAACCGGUUACUUCGCGAAGAAGAAAAGUGCAAAUCCCGUGUGUGCGAAACGAAGGAAAGAGCGAGAUAGCUGAGGAGCGCACCCAACGAUCUCGCUGCGUUUGAAAAGCCGACGGAAAAAACCCAAUCCCUGGAGAACAACCCCCCAAGAUGGCUGCCAUGGUUUCGCAGCGUUGUGCCGUCUUCGCACGGUCCGUCUCCCGGAUGAACGUCCUGUGUGCGUCACGGGCCGCCUCGACCGGGGCCACCGAUGGUGGGAACUAUCACCACCCGACGGGCGGUCAACUGACGAUGGGCGGCAAGCAGAUGUCGGCGGCCGACAUCAAGAAGAUACCGGACGACGAGGUGAAGAAGUCCGUCUUCAUCUCGCAGUCGAACGAUGUGUUCACCAACCUGGCGCUCGAGGACUGGAUCUACAAGAACUUCGAUCUGACGCACCACCACAUCCUAAUGCUCUGGAUCAAUCGGCCGUCGGUGGUGGUCGGACGGCACCAGAACCCUUUCAGCGAAACGAAUGUGGCCGCGCUGGCGCGGAACGGUAUUGAGCUGGCGCGACGCAACAGCGGAGGUGGCGCCGUGUACCACGAUCCGGGAAACCUGAACUGCACCUUCUUCAUGCCACGGGCCCGGUACGAUCGAAAGUACAACCUGAAUCUGGUUACGCGCGCCCUGUACCGGGAGUACGGAAUCAGUGCGGAGCUCACGGAUCGCGACGACAUUGUGCUGCUCGGAAAGAAGCAGGUAUCGGGUACGGCGGCAAAACUGGGCCAACCGAACGCUUAUCAUCACUGCACCCUGCUGGUGAACUCGAACAAGCUCCACCUCGGAGCAUCCCUUGCCAAAGAUAACGUCGAAAUAACGAGCAAGGCCACCGCUUCCAUCCCUUCGCCAAUCAAAAAUCUGGUCGACGUGAACCGUAGCGUUAACAUACAGCAGCUCCUAUCGGCCGUCGGAUAUGAAUUCCUGCGAACACCAGCCACCCAGCUGACUGAUGGUGGCCGGGAGCUACUGAUGAAACAGCGGGGCUUCCAGUUGAUCAAUCCAACCGACAAGUGGUUCCCGGGCAUUAGCGAGCUGCGCGAAAACUUUGCCUCGUGGGACUGGCGGUUCGGCAAGACGCCCGCCUUUUCCGUGCAGAAGACGAUCCAAAUGAAAUCGGCAGCGGACACUAGUGACCAGCACCCCGAGAUGAAGGUGAAGGUAGACGUGGAAAAGGCACUGAUUAAGGAAAUCAGUCUCGUUCUUCCGAACCACGAACCGAUCCCGGUUGUCUCGGAUAUGGUUGGCCAGCCGUACGACGAGGAUUGCUUCAACGGCAUUGUGGACGCCCUGAAGGGUGCCAACACUGAGAGCAUGCGCCACGCUAUGGGCUUAUGAAGUUUGGUUCUUCCGGCAACGGUUUCGGCCGCUUCGGAAGGCGACGAUCAUAGCAACAACAACCGAUAGCAAUCACCACCAAGCGGCCACUUCAGCUGUGCCUUCUAUUUCGACGAAGAAUUGUUUCUGAAUGUGUUUGUGGAAUGACCCUACUUCCCAUCCAGCGUUUGCCUGACCCCUCGAGGGUCCAUCGAGGUCGCGGAGGGCUUGUCACUAUAGCAACAACUCCGCUGACCAAUUGGACUAUCCGACAAUGGCGCACACCCCGUGAACUAAACCCCAGCGAUCCUAUGCCUUACCAUCACACUACCACUACCAUGGGGCAGAGAACUUUUGAACCAGUGCAAUGGAUUGAAAUUAAAUUCAUUUAUUGAUACCUUCUUGACACAAGAAAGCGACAGUAAACAACAAAACAAUGGCUACCGCCUCACACAUCCAGUUGCAAAUUCCGAAACCUCUACAGUUGAGGUACGAAUAGGGGCCCGGUCGCGCGAGGUCGACCUUGCACUAACGACCACAACAACAUCGCCGCACCGCUAAUCAGCUGUUUGUUUGCCGGUUGGCGCAAGAAAGUAGUUUAGUGAAGCGACCCAUACAAAAAAGGAAAUUUCAUCGACGGGCGAAAAGGUGACCAGUUGCACACAAACGCCCAGUGCCUUCUUAACAAAAAAAAAAAUCACGCUUAGACACUUAUGAAUAGUCAGCGGAAAUGAGGGAAAAAACAAAAUUAGCACACAAAGUACGUUCACAGCCGCCAAUCGAUGCGUGUUUUGAAAACCCAAAUGUAACUGACUCAUAAAACCUUGGACUUUUCGAUGCCGGUCUUUUGCGCGUGUGCCUGUGUGUGUGAGAGAGAAAGAUAGAGAUCGAGUGCAUUAUGAUUGCAACAGUAGAUCACGAUCGUUAGUGCCCUAAAGUGAUAAUGCGCACAACACGACAACAAAUUAAUCAAAAUGUAUUCAAUAGGCACUGUUUUUACGACGGACGGCCAAGCUUUAUCGUAGGCUGGAGGCAACGGUAGGCUCAUAUAGUUUUUAGUCACACUUUCUUACCUUGACGAUCACUGCACCCGUGUAAGUGUUUAGUUACUUAGUUUUUAUUCUGUAUCGUUCGGUGACCGGAAUGCGUAGCACCGACGCCGAACGAGAAGGAUACAUCGAGAAUACGAUCAUAUCAUUUCGUUACGCAUGCUGCCGGUCGCGAGUCCUGGUUCGACUGGUGGUCCAGUUGCAGCCAGGCCCGCCAAAAGGACUCCCGUGUAGAACCUUCUGUCGAUUGAUGACGCUAGCUUUAGUUUGGAACUUCAAUUUAUUCACUUUUCCUUUGCUGAUUGGUUUUACUAUUGUUUCUUUUUUGCUUACCCGCCACCGUUUGGCGAAGGCGCCGUAACAUAGAGCAAACGGCUCAAUUUAGGCUGUUAAUGAAAAUAUUGACCAGUUCGUAUAUUUUGCUUAUCGUUAGUUACCGGCUAAGAUAACUAGUAGUUGAACAAGAAAUUAAGAAAACAACAAAACUAAAAUGCGCUAUGAAUCGAAUCCGCUGCGAUGCUUUUGAGUUAUCCGAAAAAUACCAGCCAAAUGGUUAAUUUGGUUAGUUCGUAAAAAGUGAAUUGAUGAUGCUUAGCUAGUAAAAUGCAAAUGAAACCAAUAACUGCUUAAGAUCGAACGAUGGAACAGCUUUCUUUUUCCGUUUAUGAAUAUAAAAUAAAAUAUUAAACUCAUUGAAAGUUUUA